AUGGGAAAAAACAACAUUGAAGCAAAUGUUGUCUGUCCGACGAACGGACUUGGCGAUGAAAAUUCUCGGAAGGCUCUAGAGAGGCUCACAUCUGACCCCAAUCGCCACUUCAAUACCGUGAACGACAUAAUCAAUGAUCCCAACAUUAUUGCACUCUUCCCUGUUCAAAUUAUUUUCAAAGGUAAUUCAAAUAUGGAGAAUAUAGAAACAAUCAUACGAGAGGGGUUUGAAGGUUCCAUCGAGAAAAGUCAAGACCAUGGCAGUCUUGAAGAAACUGCACGAGGAACAUAUUAUGGGAAACGUGUCCAGUUACCGAAACGUGGAAAGAACGUUACCAUUAUCAACAUCCCAAAGAAGCACAUGGCCUACUUAGAGAAUGAUCGCGGCAACGAAGUAUAUGGGCAGGUUGAAGUCCAGAUAUUUAAAGAUACCCGGGAAAGCCAUGCAAAUCUUCAACAGGCUGGUUCCACACCAAGACCACGCGAUUGGAGCGAGUUGGCUUCGGAAAGAUUUUUGUUCUCUGAUAGCGCCGAGGUUAAAAUUUGUUUCGGUGUGCUUCUUGAACAUUAUGCUGAUGAUUGGGCAAAUCGACAGGAGAGGGGAUCCUCGGAGGCUCUCUUGGCGUUUCUCCAAGCCCGUGAUGAAGAUGAUAGCUUGAGCUUAGCUCUAUUGAUAGAGAGGCAUCUUGGCCCCGUUGCAGAAAAGAGGUACUCUGAUGUUGAAAAAGAGUACAAAAAUAUCAAGAUGAAUCUAAUCCUCUAUAUCAUUGACCAGAAUGUCCUGAAUGAUCAUGGGUUGCCAAAGAAAGAGCAAGGCUCUCUUUUGAGUGAGUCUAACAUUUUAAUUGAGACAAAAAUUGAGGCACUGAGAGGGGCCAUUAUAUGGAUGGAUAAACUCCUUAAGCCAGUGGACCGGUUUCACAAUAAGAUCCUCGAUUCGCAAGACCCCAUGGUCCUUCAAAAAGGCCUCCAAUGUUUGAUCGACUUCGAGCAGGAAUAUUCAAAAGACUCUGGAUCACUGAAGGCUGAUGGCGUCGAGGGAUUAUGCAAAAUCUUUGAAAAUCACCCGCAACGGCCGAUUAGAAUGGCAUUUUCAAUGUCAAUGCAGAAGAUGUUGUGCAAAUCCUCGGGAGAGGACUCGAAACAAUCUCUGAAAAAAACACUUGAUAUUCUGAAUUAUGACUUGACAUGGUGUGAGCCCCAGGGACUCGAGUGA